GCCACAGCCACAACCGCCACUGCCACCACUGCCACCGCCUCAGCAACCGCCGGUGCUGGGGCACAAGCAGGGCAGCCCAGCGCAGCUGACCCCCACCGUCCUGUCUCUUGCAGCCCCGCCGCCGCCAGGAUGCUGUCCGUGGACCAGAUCAGCGUGGAGCAGCCACUGAGCCUCAAGGAGCAGGACUGGGCCGAGCCGGAGGCGCCAUGCCUGAGCUGUCCUUGCGAUGGGCCCCCCAACAGCCUGGCAGUGUCCGAGGGCACCGGGGACCCCACUGGCGCCUCUGAAGCCUACGAGCUGCUGCAGAGUGCCCUGCACCAGGAGGGGCUGCCCAGCACCCUGGACCGCACCGCCGAGCCCCGCACGGGAUUUGGCCCGCUGGACAUGACCGUUUGCAUCCUGGGUGCCCCUACCGCCUUCCUGCCGGUGCUGCUGGAGGGCGGCGCCCGCUGCCCAGGUGCCAUGCUGCUGUGCCUGUCGCCCGCCUGGGCCAGCCGGGUGCCCUCGGAGACACAGCCCGGAGCCUGGUCCCUGCUGCUGUCCCGCGCGGUCUCCUUCGAGGCGGGGGGCCGCAGCGCCCUGGAGGCCUUCGCGCCCCCCCGCCGCGCCACCUAUGCCACCGGCACCUUUGCCACCGCCACCUGGGCUGCCGAGCUGGCCCGCGACCUCGACUGCCCCACGGGGGGCUCGGCCCCGCUCGCUCGCCUGCUUGAGGACCUGCUGGCCGCCCGGGGGGUGCUGGCGGCCCGUGCCGGGCUGCCCGUGCCCCCUACGCUGGCCUUCGCCCCGCCGCGGCCUGGGGGUGCACUGCCCGGCCUUGAUGGUGCCCCUGGGCUGCGCCUGGUGCAGCUGAGCAGCACCGCCGGCCAGGAUGGCCUCAUCCAGGAGGAGCUGGGCGCCUUCCUGGGGGGUGCUGCCAUGGCCCCCUACACCCAGGUGGCGGUGCGGCCAGCUGGGUGGCGGUGGCGCGGGAGCGGCGCCCGCAGCACCCACACGAAGGUGGAGGGGGCUGCGGUGGCGCAGGCGGUGCAGGGCUGGCUCCGCAGCCUGCAGGAGGAGGAGAGCGUCCUGGUGGAGGCCCUGGUGCCCACCGCCCACCUGCCCGCCCCCACCAGCCCCACACGCAGCGUCUCCCCAAGGCCGCCCAUGGCCCUCCGUAUCUGCACCGUGGUCUGCAGGUCCUGGGGGGACCGCCCCCAGCUCUGCCAGGUGGCGUGCUGCGUGGGGCGGGCCGAGGCGCCCGUGCGCCAUGGGGCGGCGCUGCCCCAGGGCCUGGACUCGGCCCUGCAGCAGUGGGGCCUCACAGAGCCGGGGCAGCGGCAGGCCCUGGGUGCCCGGCUGCGGCAUGCCGCCGAGGCCGCCAUGGCUGCCAUCCUCGACAUGGAGGCUGAGCUGACACCCGAGCAGCGCGGUGGCACCCGGGUGCAGACUGAUGUCAUGGGCAUGGACUUCCUGCUGACCUGUGUGGGCGACUCACUGGAGCUCAUGGCGCUGUCGGCCAACAUGCAGCAGUGCCUGGAGACCUGCGGGCUGGCCGAGGCCAUGGGACGCUCCGUGGGCGAGCCCACCGGUGACCUACCCCGCCUGCUGGCUGAGACCAUGCUGCACCGGGCGCAGUGCCACCUCCUAGAGGGCAAGGACAUCCUGCUCAUAGGGGCUGGCGGCGUCAGCAAGAGCUUCGUCUGGGACGCAGCCCGGGACUAUGGCCUCAAGAUCCACCUGGUGGAGUCGGACCCAGAGCACUUCGCGGCGGGGCUGGCGGAGACCUUCCUGCCCUACGACAGCACGGAGCACCGGCGGGACGAGGAGCAUGCCGAGCGGGUGGUCGAGCUGGUGCAGGCUCGGGGGCUGCGCCCCCACGGCUGCCUCUGCUACUGGGACGACUGCGUGGUGCUGGCAGCCCUGGUGUGCCAGCGCCUGGGACUGCACACCAACCCGCCUGCCGCUGUGCGCCUAGCCAAGCAGAAGAGCCGGACCCACCAGCACCUGCUGCAGUGCCGCCAGGGCCGCCCGCCACCCGCCACCUACGCCGUACCCUGCUGCCCCGUGCAGAGCCAUGGUGACGUGGAGCGGGCCGCCGCCGCCCUGCCCUUCCCUGCUGUGGCCAAGCUGGAGUACGGGGCGGGCGCUGUGGGCGUGCGGCUGGUGGAGAGCGCCAGCGAGUGCCACGCGCAUGUCGAGCGGCUGUGGCGCGACCUGCGGGCCGACGCCGACCACCCGGGCAUCGGGCUGGGCUGGGGCAACAGCAUGCUGCUCAUGGAGUACGUGCCGGGCACCGAGCACGACGUGGACCUGGUGCUCUUUGAGGGGCAGCUGCUGGGCGCCUGGGUGUCCGACAACGGCCCCACACGGGUGCCUGCCUUCCUGGAGACGGCAGCCUGCAUGCCCUCGUGCCUGCCGCCCGACCGGCAGGCCCAGCUGGUGCGGGCGGCCCAGCAGUGCUGCCUGGCCUGCGGGCUGGUGGAUGGCGUCUUCAAUGUGGAGCUGAAGCUGGGGCCGGGUGGCCCGCGCCUGCUGGAGAUCAACCCCCGCAUGGGCGGCUUCUACCUCCGCGACUGGAUCCGUGAGGUCUACGGCGCUGACCUGCUGCUGGCCGCCGUGCUGGUGGCCUGUGGGCUGCGGCCGGUGCUGCCUGCCCGGCCUGCCGCCCGCACCCACCUGGCUGGUGUCAUGUGCCUGGCCUCGCUGCAUGGGCCGGCCCUGGGCGCCGGUGGUGGGCUGGAGGCGCUGCGGGCGCUGCAGGCCCGCGGCCUCGUCCGCCUCAACCGCCUCUUCGAGCAGCCUGAGGCGGGCGAAUACGAGGAGCCCUGCCUGAGCGUGGCCUGCAGCGGUGAGACGCACCGUGACGCCUGCCUCCGCCUGCUCAGCCUCUGCCAGGCGCUAGGCAUCGACUCGCCCCACUACCCCGUCGCCCACUUCCUCUCCCACUUCAAAUAGCCCCUGGGGAGGGAACGGGGGCCGGUGUGGGGCGCGGGGCGGCGCCGGAUGGGCACCCCACCACCCCGGCUGGCCGCCUCCGCUGCUCCCCUGGCAGCCCCGUCCCCCUUGUCCAGGCACCCCUGGGCCCUGGCCCCCAAAACCCUGACACCCUGCAAGCCCUGUUCCCAGCACCCCUGGCACCCCCAAACCCUGUCCCUGCCAUCUGUAUUCCCUGGCACCAUCUCCUGGCACCCCCAUCCCCUGGCACUCCCCAAGCCCUGGCCCCAGCAUCCCUGUCCCCUGGCACCCCCAAACCCUGCUUCCCCUCCCCCAAAGCCCUGACCCCAGCACCAUCAUCUCCUGGCACCCCCAUUCCCUGGCACCCCCCAGACCCUGCCCCCAGGUACUUUGUCCCCUGGCACCCCCAUUCCCUGGCACCCCCUAACCCUGGCCUAGCACCCCGUCCCUGGCACCACAAACCCUGCCCUGGCAUCCCCCGCCCCAGGUGGGUGCAGUGCCCCCGUGCCGGGGCCACGCAGGAUGGUGCCCAUGGGGAUGCCCAGCCCGGCGCCCCGUGCCAUCCCCCGGACGGGGGAACGCCCUGUCCCUGUCCCUGAUACUGUGACCGCCAAGGCAGGCCAGAACAGCGGGUAUAGCCUGUGGUGGGGCAGCCCACCUUGCCUGCACUCAGCACCCUGGGGUGCUGGGCCAGCCGCACCAGCCAGCACCAGGAGACCUUGCAAUAACAAACCAGCACCAGGGGACCCUGCAAUAACAGAUCUGUUUGGGGAGACCCUGCAAUAACAAACCAGCAUGGGGAGACCCUGCAAUAACAAAAAAGUCCAGGGAGACCCUGCAAUAACAAACCAGUACAGGGAGACCCUGCAAUAACAAACGACCAUGGGGAGACCCUGCAAUAAACAAUCAGCACUAGGAGACCUUAAAAUAAUAGACCUGUGUGGGAAGACCCUAUGAUAAGAGACUACCCCUGGGAGACCCUAUGAAAACAAACCAGUGCAGGGGAGACUUUCCCAUAACAUAAAGCCCCAGGGAGGGCCAACAAUAACAACCCAGGGCCCUGGGAGACCCUACAAUAACAUGCCAGUAUGCCUGGCCCAAGUCUCCAUGUCCCCACUGUCCUAAGCAGCCCAGCAGAGAGCUACCAGCGCAUGUCCUCUCAGUUCAGGGAGUCCCUACAAUAACACCCCAGCACACGCCACUGUGUUGUGGUAGGAUCACAACAGCAGUGGCUGACAAACCAACAAUAAUUUUGUGAUCCUACAAUGGCACAGCAACAUCCUCAAGUGACCCUACAAUAACGACCUGCGCGCACAGCUCAGGAGCCUAGCUGAGCCCACAGCACCAGUGUGAUGCUUUUGUCACAUCCCUGAGUGAGGGAGACCCUACAAUAACAUACAGCCUGGGCAUCCCUGCGAUAACCACACAGCCUCUCCAGUCCCUGGGACCCUAUCGUAAAACUGGGACCUCCUGGAGACCCUACAAUAACACUAUGCCCCCAAAACAACAGUAGUCUGUGUAGUCGCUGAGACCCUAAGACAGCAUUGUACCCUACAAUAACACAAAGCCUGCGUAUGCCCUACGAUAACAUUAGUGAUCCUCUAACAUGCAGCCCAUGUAGUCCCCACAACCCUACAAUAACACUGUGACCCUAGAAUAGCACACAGCCUGUGUGCUCCCACUACCCUACAAUAACACUGUGACCAUACGAUAGCACGCAGCCUGUGUACUUGCAUGACCCUGCAAUAACACUGGGACCCUACAAUAGCGCACAGUCUGUGUACUCCGACCCUACAAUAACAUUGUGACCCUACAGUCACAUGCAGCCUGUGUACUUGCAGUACGCUACAUAACACUGUGAGCCUAGACACACGCAGCCUGUGUGCUCCCACUACCCUACAAUAACACCAUGACCCUACAGUCACACACAACCUGUAUGCUGCCAUGACCCUACAGUCACACUAGUGACUCUACAAUAGCACACAGCCUGUAUGCUGCCAUGACCCUACAAUAACACUAGUGACCCUACAAUAACACACAGCUUCUAUGCUGCCAUGACCCUACAAUCACACUAGUGACCCUACAGUAGCACAUAAGCAAGUUGUGCAGCCUAAGAUGCAAUUUGGAGUUGCUGUCUCUUUGGAGAGGGGCUCUCCAUGCCCUUCCUUCAAGAUGUUAUCACAGCCAGAUUCUAUGAGGUCACAGCACCGGGCGAUGAUGUCACAUGAGGGGGCGGAGCAACAAGGAGCGCCAGACGGAGAGCAAGGCGAUGGAGCCCCCUGGCAGGGCGGCGGGAGCCCCUGAGCGGGCUGGCCGCCCGCCACCCCAAUAAAGGCUGUGCACACC